AACUGGUGAAAUUCCCUUUCUUUCAAUCCUGAGGUCAGGCUGAGUCAUAAAAAGCAGUGUUCCUCAGAACACAUCUCUGGAAGUCCUUUGGUAGUCAUCACUCCACUCAGAACUUGAGACCUGAGACAUUGACACUUCUCUCUUAUGCAGCAGACGGCUCCAGCUCCUGUAAUCCUCCUGCUUCUCCCUCCCCCAAAUUCUCUUCUUGGGGAGGAAAAAUUAUAGCUUUGGGGAUAAUAUAGCUUUAAGACGACUUUUGGCAAAUGUAAAUGUCCUAACAUCUGGGCAGUGUUACCAGAAUCCCAGAGGCCCUGACAGACCAGGAGUCACUGGUUCUAGGAAUGUUAAAGUAGAAGGGCUUUUUUCCCCCUCGACUGAUGAGAGGAGCAGAAAGCAAGGAGAAAGAGGAGAGAUGAACGAGACCACAAAAAUCAGAAAAUAAAAAGCAGAUGCAUGUUCCUGCUCUUUUCUCAGCUUCCAGUAGAAGGAUGGCUCCCUCCGAUCCCAUAUGCCUGCUUCCUCUCACUUUUGGGAGUUCAUAGCUGGUUCCACUCUGAAAGUCAUUUCCCCUUAUCCUGAUACUUCUGCCACAUAGCCCUAGUCUUGCCUUCUGAAGCUUCCCUGUCAAGGAUGAAGACUGGUUCACUGACUCAAAGAGGUGCGCUCUUAUUGCUGCUCCUCCUAGCACCAGCAGUGACACCAACAUGGUAUGCAGGCUCAGGUUAUUCUCCAGAUGAAAGCUACAAUGAAGUAUAUGCAGAAGAGGUCCCCGACACCCGUGCCCUGGACUACAGAGUCCCUCGAUGGUGUUACACAUUGAAUAUCCAGGAUGGAGAAGCCACAUGCUACUCACCAAGGGGAGGCAAUUAUCACAGUAGCCUAGGCACACGUUGUGAGCUCUCCUGUGACCGGGGCUUUCGACUGAUUGGACGGAAGUCAGUACAAUGUUUGCCAAGCCGCCGUUGGUCUGGAACUGCCUACUGCAGGCAGAUGAGGUGCCACACACUGCCAUUCAUCACUAGUGGCACCUACACCUGCACCAAUGGAAUGCUGCUUGAUUCCCGCUGUGACUACAGCUGUUCUAGUGGCUACCACCUGGAAGGCGAUCGCAGCCGCAUCUGCAUGGAAGAUGGGCGAUGGAGUGGAGGCGAGCCUGUAUGUGUAGACAUAGAUCCACCCAAGAUCCGUUGUCCUCACUCUCGGGAGAAAAUAGCAGAGCCAGAGAAACUAACUGCUCGAGUAUACUGGGACCCACCCUUAGUGAAAGACUCCGCUGAUGGUACCAUCACCAGGGUAACACUUCGGGGUCCAGAGCCUGGUUCUCACUUCCCUGAAGGAGAGCAUGUGAUUCGCUAUACUGCAUAUGACCGAGCCUACAACCGGGCCAGCUGCAAGUUCAUUGUAAAAGUACAAGUCUCUUGUUCUAGAAACCUGAAGUGGACCCUUUCGGCCUUCCUGACCAUGAGAGAUAUCAUAACCCCUAACUUGACCUUCUCCCUGGCAGUGAGACGCUGUCCUAUUCUGAAACCACCACAGCAUGGCUACCUCACCUGCAGCUCAGCGGGGGACAACUAUGGUGCGAUCUGUGAAUACCACUGCGAUGGUGGUUAUGAACGCCAAGGGACCCCUUCCCGAGUCUGUCAGUCAAGUCGACAGUGGUCUGGAUCACCACCUGUCUGUACUCCUAUGAAGAUUAAUGUCAAUGUUAACUCAGCUGCUGGCCUCCUGGAUCAGUUCUAUGAGAAACAGCGACUCCUCAUAGUCUCAGCUCCUGAUCCCUCCAAUCGAUACUACAAAAUGCAAAUCUCUAUGCUGCAGCAAUCCACCUGUGGAUUGGACCUGCGACAUGUGACCAUUAUUGAGCUGGUGGGACAGCCACCUCAGGAGGUGGGGCGCAUCCGGGAGCAACAGCUAUCAGCAGGCAUCAUUGAGGAGCUCAGGCAAUUCCAGCGCCUCACUCGUUCCUACUUCAACAUGGUGUUAAUUGACAAGCAGGGUAUUGACCGGGAACGCUACAUGGAACCUGUCACCCCUGAGGAAAUCUUCACAUUCAUCGAUGACUACCUACUGAGCAACCAGGAGCUGGCAAGAAGAGCGGAGCAGAGGGAUGUUUGCGAGUGAUCUUGAGCCAGGGUGUGGCUCUCCUAGGAAGCUUAAACUGAGGAGGAAAUGUUUUCCCACACCAUUGGGAGCAGCCCUCGGGUGGGGGAGAGGUUUGCCAAUUCUAGGACAUUUCCAGGCAUUAUUUUAGGGCAGAUUAUUCAUUUCCUUAAGCAAGUGUCCACUUCGGGUAGCACUGGAGGAGCUUCGAAAGUAGGUCGGGACUGAGGAUAUGUCUUGGGCAGUGAGUUGUAGACAGAAGGUCUUCUUCCUCUGACUGGAGCUUUCCAAAGUCUUUCAAAUAAGUAAAUCCUAAAUUCAUUCCUUUA